GCCUGUAGCGCGCGCUGGGACGCGUCUUUAGGACCCGGAUUGAGGCAAGAUGGCGGGCCGGUGCAGGAAUAAAAAUCUGUGUGCCUAGAGACAGAUUUUAGAAGCACUUUCUCUUCACAAUAUCGUUUUAAAGAUCAUGGCGGCGGCAGUAAAAUGGGUCAUAACAAACAGAAGUGUCUGGAAGCAUUUAUUUCCAAUCCAAAGUGGAGCUUUAUCUAUUGCUUGUCAUAAAUCUACGUAUUCUUCUCUUCCAGAUGACUACAAUUGCAAGGUAGAGCUGGCUUUGACAUCCGACGGCAGGACAAUAGUGUGCUACCACCCUUCUGUGGACAUCCCCUACGAACACACCAAACCUAUCCCUCAACCAGAUAUUUUGCAUAAUAAUGAAGAAACACAUGAGCAACUGAUAAAAACCAAAUUAGAAGAAAAAAGCAAACAACUUAAGCAAGGAGCCAUGGUAGAACAGCUCAGCAAGGUGUUCUUCACUACAAAGCAUCGCUGGUACCCACGUGGACAGUAUCACACACGUCGUAGGAAACCGAAUCCUCCCAAAGACAGGUGACUGUUCUUGAUUCUAUGAGCAUCGGACAUUUUGCUUUGUGUAUUACUUGCCAGUUGAGAAAUUGUACAUGGUGUACAUUAAGAUGUUCAAUAGGAAAAAAAUAAAAUAUUGUUUCAGAUA